AUGCUCGUCCGACAAACACGGAGGGGCAUUAUUGCCGCCAGAUCGACACCAUUACAUAUUGCGACAUCGACCCUCGGCCGACGGUGUGUUGUUACACAGCACUUCCGACCUCAACCCCAAAAACAACGCGGCUCAGAGUCUGGUACAAGCCUGUUGCAUGGUCGACACCUCGCCACAGCUGUAGACGAUUUCCAGUUUAACAACUACAAUGCUCUACAAGACCAGCUUGCCAGGUCGGGCCUACGUCCCUUCCAGGCCCCUCCACACGCUCACUCCGAACUUCGACCACUGGACCCGACGACGAACUUGUUGACAGUCCCAGAACCUCCAGAAGCCCGAGCAUUUGGCAAGAUGAACAACAAGGGUGUCCCUGGUGAAGUCGAGGAGAUGAUUCCUGUCUUCGAUGCCUGUGUUCGUGUAGGCAAGCUUGAGAGAGCAGCUCUGGUGCUGAAGCGACUUAAUGCAACCGGUUUGAUUUCUGGCGAAGAAAUGAUUAUCCUACAUAACCAAUAUCUGCGUGCAUCUCUCGAUCAAAUGCGAACGACCCCCGACCGAAAAGAAGCCGAAAUGUUACACAAGUGGUACGAGCUACAAAUACGAAACAUGGAUCUACCGCAAACUGCAGAGACAAUCGCAUGCAUGCUCAAGGCCUCACUCCUUUCUGAGCGUGGCUUACGACUGGAACGCCUCGUCAACCGUUAUAUGAGCAUGGCUCCCGGUGAAGCUGGCUUGCGAGUGUUGAGUAUGGCCGAUAUUCUCAGCGACCAAGAUCUUGGUGUCAUUACCGAAAUCUGCCCCACCUACACUUUCGCCCCCGCCCCCGAUUCCGACGAGGUUCAAUAUGUCACUAUGGCAGAAGAAGAGCAUUUGGAAGCGGAGGAAGGGUUUGAUGAGAAUAUGGCUUCGCAAGUGAACGUGGACUACCCCGAGAUUCGACCAACACCUCAACGUGGAGAGGGUUUGAGCGCCUUGAAGAACAACCUGGGACUAAUUAGCGAGCUACAAAACGUGGACAUUUCCAAACUGUCCCCUGCGGAGCAGCGCGAGUUCCAGACUCGUAUAGAGAAAGACUCCAUUGAUGUCGCUAUCGGAAAGUGGCGGAACGCCAAGAAGAAUCUCGACAAGAUGGGCAUCAACACGGCCCUGAAUGAUAAGAGUGACGAAACCAGCCUUGCUGCAUCCCUACAAGACUGGGUUGAAGCUAUGGAGGUUCGCUUGAAAGAGGAGAUCCUCCAGGUUGAGCGUUCCGAGGACAGCCCCAACAAAUCCGAAGAGGACCUGGAACGCUGCAUCUACGGUCCAAUUCUACGACUCGCCGACCCGACCAGACUGGCUGCAGUCACGAUCCUUACCCUGCUCAACUUCAGCGCUCUUCAAGGUGUUGAUAAGGGUGUAGUUGUUCAGCGUUUGCUCACCGAUGUUGCUCGUGUGGUGCAGGAUGAUAUCAACACGCAGGUCCGCGAGAAAACCGAACGAGAGCGUCGCCGAACCCGCAAGGUCAACUUCACUGGAGAAACACCGGCGGCUGAAGCUGAGGCGGCCCAGGCGGGUGAGGGAAAGACCAUUUCAGAGCCCGCUGAUGUUAAGCAUCCUGCUCAGAGCUCAUGGUCCACCCAAGUCCGCAUUCGAGUUGGUGCGAUCUUGGUCAAGAGUUUGCUCGAGACUGCGAAGAUUAAAGUUGAGAAGGAACAUCCGAUCUCCAAGGAGAGAAUCAGCCAGCUUCAACCUGCCUUCUCUCAUAUGCACGCACCCAGGAAGGGCAAAAAGGUCGGAAUGCUGUUCCUCAACGCCCACCUAGUUCACCGCCUGAAGCGAGAGCCUAUGGGUGAUUUCCUCGCCAAGCACCUCCCAAUGAUUGCCGAGCCUAAGCCUUGGAAACGUAUUAGCGAGGGAGGCUUCUUAUCAAGCAAAGCUUCGUUGAUUCGUCUCAAAUCAGGAGAUGCUGAGCAGAAGCUCUACACCAAAGCUGCCAUAAAGCGCGGAGAUAUGGAUCAAGUUUUCAAGGGCUUAGACGUUUUGGGAAAGACACCAUGGAGGAUUAACAACCCCGUGCUCGAUGUGAUGGUAGAGGCCUGGAAUACAGGAAAUUCGAUUGCCAACAUGCCCACUCUCAAUCCUGAUCUACCUUAUCCAGAGGAGCCUACCAGCUCUGACCCUCUCCUUCGCCGGGCAUGGUAUCGAGGCGUGAAGCAGGUUGAGAACGAGCGAUCCUCCCUUCAUUCUCAAAGAUGUUACAUGAACUUGCAGCUUGAGAUUGCGCGCGCAUUCCGCAAGCAAGUCAUUUACUUCCCUCACAACAUGGACUAUCGAGGCCGCGCCUAUCCUCUUCCAACAUAUCUGAACCACAUGGGAGCUGAUCACACCCGCGCCCUGUUGAAGUUUGCCGAGGGCAAGGAACUCGGCGAGAAGGGUCUUAGAUGGCUCAAAAUCCAUAUGGCUAACUUAUACGGUUUCGACAAGGCCUCUUUCAGCGAGAGAGAGAAAUUCACCACCGACAAUUUGCCCAACAUUAUUGAGAGUGUUGAGAACCCUCUGAAUGGCAGUCGUUGGUGGUUGAAGGCCGAGGACCCCUGGCAAUGUUUGGCUGCUUGUUUCGAGUUGAAGGCUGCGCAUGACCUUGAAGAUCCUACCAAAUACGUCUCCAGUCUGCCAGUGCAUCAGGAUGGUACCUGUAAUGGACUGCAGCAUUAUGCAGCCCUCGGUGGUGAUACCUGGGGUGCUCAGCAGGUCAAUCUCACACCGGGUGACCGACCAGCUGAUGUUUAUAUGGCGGUCGCGAACCUUGUGAAGGAAUCUAUUGCCAAAGACGCCGAAGCCGGCAACCAGCUGGGCGAGAUUUGCAUGGGCAAGAUCACGAGAAAGGUUGUGAAGCAGACCGUUAUGACCAAUGUCUACGGCGUUACCUUUUCUGGUGCUAAACAACAAGUUUGCAAGCAGCUGGACGCCAUCUACCCGAACAUGUUCAAGGAGACCGGAAUCCCCAAUCUUGUCACUGCCACCUAUAUCGCCAAGCACAUUUUUGGAGCCCUCGGAACUAUGUUCCGUGGUGCCCACGAUAUUCAGUACUGGCUAGGCGAGAUUGGCGCACGAGCCUGCAAGGCUUUGACCGAAGCCCAACUCGAUCAGCUCGUGGAAGAGAAGGGCGAUGAGAUGUCCACAUCAAAGAUCACCGCUACCACCCAGAAGAAGGAAUUGAAUGACUUGAGUGCGCAAUUCCGGUCAACGAUUGUCUGGACCACACCCCUUCGAAUGCCUGUUGUGCAGCCGUACCGAAAGGCUUCUACCAGAGAGAUCCGCACUUGCUUGCAGGCCAUCCACUACCCUACAUUCGGUCGAACUGACCCUGUUGAUCGAAGGAAACAGCUUCAAGGAUUCCCUCCCAACUUCAUCCACUCACUGGACGCGAGUCAUAUGCUUCUUUCCGCAAUCAAGUGUAAUGACUUGGGGUUGAAUUUCGCCGCUGUUCACGACUCAUUCUGGACUCAUGCCGCUGAUGUCGACAUCCUAAAUGGCGUUCUCCGGGAUGCUUUCAUCCGAAUUCACGAGGAAGAUGUUGUUGGGCGACUAGCAACAGAGUUCCAAGCACGAUACAAGAACUCGAUCUACUUGUGUACCAUCCCUGCAGAAACUCCUGUUGGAGAGGCCAUCCGGGAUUUCCGCAAGAAGAGUAAGCUGGGCCAAAAGGAAGAACUGCUGCUGGAGCACAAGCGCAACAGCCUUCUUCGUUCCGGAAACCCGUGGGACUUGGAGGCUGCGCGCAAGAUCGUUACACCUGCUUCCAUCUACGAAGAUAUGGAAGCCGAUGAGCACCAUGAGAUUGCGGCCGAUUCUGAGAGUGCCGGUGGUUUGGGAGAAAUCCCCGCCUCAGAAGGUAACCUCAGGGAGGUCGUCAAGGAGGCCGUAAACGAGAUGGAUCCUGAAGGCAUAUCUACUGACGAGCUCAGUGCUCGGCUCAUCAGCCGCCUGAAGCACACCAACUUCGAAGCCGAAGUCAUCAUCCCCAAGAAGGAUCCCAGGAUCGCAAAGAAGAAGGUCAUCUCUCUCUGGCGUCCCUUGACCUUCCCCAAGAUACCUGAAAAGGGUGACUUUGAUGUUAGGAGUCUACGAGAGAGCCAAUACUUCUUCUCCUGA